UAAGUCAUGAGCCUCCAAAAAGCCUUGACUUGAGCUUUGAUGGAUGAGCCCAUGAGCUAGCCGUGGGAAACACCCAAGGGCUUGCAGUAUGCCUUGGGCUUCGAGGAGAGUCGAACUUGGCAGGGCAUGGAUGUAUUCAGGGGACGUGUACCUACUUUUUGGUAGGUCAGUUCUAACAUGGAGCAACAGUUUCUUUCUGAGACGUUAAAGAUCAGCGUAAGAACUGCCACAAGCACUACCCCUGCAUGCUGUCCUAGGCUUUAUUGGCAGAGGUUGCUAUAAGGAGUUAAGGUUGAGGUUGAUAAGGAGUUAAGGACCCCACGCUGAAGGAAUCUUAUGUAUUUGCUCUAGAGGACAGGGUGGGUCCACGUGUGUAGAAAAUGGAUGCAAUUGGUCAUUCUUUAAAGAAGUGGCUAGCAGCACACCUGCCCCAAUGGGGUCAGGGGUCAGGACUCUGAAUUUUCUACAGAACAUUUACUGUAUAUAGUUUUCCAGAGAAUGAGAACCCAUAAAACUCGCAGGAUCUGGAGACAAGAAGACAUGCGCUGGAGCGUGUUUGUUGAAAUAUGCAGUCCCUUCAUUUUUCUAUACAGAGAGUUCUUUCAAUUUCUAGACAUUUUACUGUGUUUGAUGUGCUUCAGAUUCCAGUGGUAGCAAUCAAUAGGACAUAUCCAAUCCUAGAACAUGGGAAGACAGAAACAUAGAGGGGAGAAGCCAGUCCUCAUGUUCGGAGGAAAUCCGUUCAUCAUUUCUGGGGAUUCACUAAACACCACUUGACCCCUUCGAUGGAAUCUAAUUUCUCGAUAUUGGACAUAUUUGGACACAUAGGGUUCAAGAUUGCCGCAUGAGGGUGGAGCAGCUUAGAACCCCAGUCGCAAAGGCGACGCUUCGUUUCCUGUGCGCCCGUGUUCCUGUAGCAGAUGGACUGGGCCAGAACCUUCACGGGAGGUUCUUGAAGAUGCGCUGAACCUAAGGUUUCGACACUGUUUGGAAUCUUCGCAGUUAGGCAGUACAUGGCAAUGUGUGCACCAAGGUUAUUUGCAUCAGGUGGCAUCCUUGCAUAGUUUUUUCUCUCUUGGUAUGGGCUAUUGAUGCAGCUGCUCUACUAGGUUUGAUUUUUCCUAGACUGGUGGCAGAAUGUGAUCAGCUCACAUACAGAUCCUUUGCCUGGUGAUGGCGAACUUUGUGUUCGAGAAAGCGCUUGAUUGAUGAUCUGGCAGAGUGAGCUGAGCCGAGUCCAGCGAUACAGUGUUUGAUGUGUGCUUCUCACACUGCAUGGAGUUUUUGAUGUCUUUAGGUGUGCGCUUUGGGAUGGCCCCACAAACCCCUGAGGAAUAUCCAAGUGUGUAUGAGAACCUUGCCUUUUCUGACAAUUAAUCAGUAUGAGCGUUCUUGUCGUUGCCGCUUGCCUUCUCACGACUGUGGCACAUGCUUUUAUUCCGGUAUUCAAUGUUUUGGUGCGUUGUCCUUGCACGCCUGAAUGCAUGGAGUGACAGAGGCCUGCAGUACCCUGGAUUUGGUGUCGCUGCUUUUGGGCCUACUCUUAACCUGUUUUUACAGCACAGUGAGUCCUUGUGCAUGCUCGUGACCGCUGAAUGUUCACGGCCAGAGUGGUGCUCUUGUUGCACUUGUUCUUGCGCUUGGGUUGCCUGCCAGCCCAGCGACAAGCUAGCCCAAUUUGUUAUUUCAGGAGAUGUUUCUUAUGCUGCGCUCUCCACUUUUUCAACCUCACUGACAGGUAUGGGCGAAUGCGCUCUCUUUUUGAUGGUGAGGAUUUGGCAGGCCUAAUUAGGUGCAUGUGCGGCCACAGACGACCGCCUUCGGCAGUCGCAAGAAAUAAAAAUAUAUUGGACAUAUGUAUAUAUAACUAUAUUACUCAUCACAAUUGACUCCAUUGAAACCUGUCUCCAUUGAUGUUGUAAGAAUAGUUGCCCUGGGUAGGUGCUUGGUAAGAACCGUAUAGCUACACCCAGUCCAGCGGUGGCGUGGGAACAUCAUCUCUGUUGCCAUUGGAGGAUGAUGCUGGGAACACCUCGAUGGAUGCUUCUCGCUGCCGCGUCCUUUUUGCGGUCACAAGGCUUCAAUCCGCGUGACCAUGCCGCCGCCUCCUUCUGUGAGACCGACACAGGGGCUUGGACUUUGGAAUGGUCUGAUGACUUUGAAGGUGACCACUUGGACCCGCCACUUGGCACUGAGCCAGGGAGGGUAUCGUGGCAUUGAUCUUCCUGUGGCAGGCUUGAACAUCACGGCCUGUCGCUCCGCCAUGUGCCGUGCGGAGAACGUCCGGGUGGAUGGUGGCCUUCUGCGCUUGCAGUCCGACCGGGACCCCUCCGACAGCAGCAGGUAUUUUUCGGCUGCCGUCACAACCAAGGACCGCGUUUCUUGGUCAGCUCAGCCAGCCCCCUUCCGCCUGUGUGUCCGCGCCAAGCUGCUGCUCAACACGAAAGGAGUUUGGCCGGCUCAUUGGAUGUUGCCGGAGAACGGCUAUUCUGACCAGUGCCUGGAUGAAGGGGAGAUGGAUAUCACUGAGAUGGUCAGCGGUGAUGGAACAGUUUACAACACAUAUCACUGGAUGUCCAGUUGGCCGCAACAACGGUGCGCAAAGUUCGACACCUACCACAAGUCGGCUGCCUCCUCCCGCCGCAUCCGAAGUUAUAGCAGCGAUUUCCAUGAAUAUGCGGUGGAGAGAUCGAUGGACCAUAUCUCCUAUGCAGUCGAUGGCAAGGUGGUGGGACGCUUUAGCAGUGAAGAACACGGCUUUCAAAUUUCAAGCUCACCAUUCUUUCUGAUCCUGAACACUGCGAUCGGUGGAGCUUGGCCGGGCUCACCUCAACCUGAUGAGACGCGGAUGCCAGUGACGAUGCCAAGCGAUUGGGAUGACGCGGCUUCACACCUCCCAAAAAAACCUCAGGAGAGUUUAGAAGAUGACAUGCAUGUUUUUUUUUGCCCAAGCAGGCUACACGGGAUGCCGGGGGGGAGCAUAUAUAAUUAUAUGGCUUCCCUUGGAACAUGUUGUGCAUACCGUAAAUACUACUCGAACACGAUGGCACAGUUGCCAAAUCUAUCGUUUUUAGAGUGAGAAGAUGCAGCAUCCAGUGAGCGCACAAGGAUCGACAGGUGCAAUCCACAUUUAUGCCAGGUGGCAUGUGCGGGCUGUGGUAAACAGGUCCGGUGCCCUCAAUAUUGUCCAACAUUUGGUUGUGUGUUUGGGUGCCGGAAGAGAUUAGAGGUGUUCGAGACCAUGAUCACGCGCCUGUUGCAUUUGUCCAUCUUCGAUGACAGUGAACAGCUGCUGCGCCGCCCAAACAGAGAAGGCACCAUUGCCUUGCAAUUUUCACGUGAUGUUUUCAUCCGGAGCAUCGGCAACUUCGCUUGCUUUUGGACAUGCAAGUUAUGUAUGCGUGCGGGCGGGCGGGAGGACUGUGGUUCACUCACUAGCUGACUAGUGAUGUAAAGCAGGGCCCAUGUUCCUUUUUCCUUGUGGUCGUGAUGGACUCAGAGGAACUCCGCUCCUGUGCUGACUCAGGUGGAGCAUCUCAUCGACUGGAUCCGUGUGGUCCGCGGCACGAGUCAGACCAGCGAAGCAAGCGAUGCAUCGGUGGCUGUAGGGCAGGGCUUUCAGGUCAACCGGGAGAUCCGGACACAUCGAGGAUGAGGCCCUGUGGAUGUCGCAUGUCUCACGAAGUCCUGGACACAGAAGCAGAGUGGGCCAAAAGAGAGCUGCGCGAUGCUGCACGCCACAGACCGUUCGAGGGCUGAGAGACUAUGCUUGGAGACUUGUCAUGAGAAAUAUAUUGUACAUAGUAUAUAAUAGUAUAGCUUUUAGACACUCUCAG